CCAACAAAGUUCACUCUGAAAGUGCCAAAAGACCCCAAUAACAACCUUGUUUAAAUGUUAUUAUUUGACCAUUGUGCCGUGCUUAUCAUGUAAAACCAUUGAUCAGUCUGUGCAUGGAUAGUAAUACAUUCUGAUAUCUGAGAGAGUGACGUGCAUGAGACGAUACAAAUAAAAAGGACAUCCACGAUCCUGGCCGAGUCAGAAUUGAGAGACAAGCUUGCAAUACAAGUUCAAGUUUUGCAUAUUGGUAGUAAUUUAAAAAAAAAUCGGAGUUAGAAAUCUGCUGAAAUUUUCUUAAAAUGGUGUCCGGAACGGUGAUUGCUCUCGGAGCUGUAUUGGCAGGACUGGUUUACUUCGUCUUUUUAAGGAAGCCCAGGUGGAAAAAUGCUCCUCCAGGGCCUCGUGGGUUACCUUUGAUUGGAAAUAUACACCAAAUGGAAAAAUUCCAACAUAUCACGUUUGUCAAGUGGGCGAAGGAAUACGGGCCGCUGUAUAAAGUGAAUUUUGCUUCAUUAAACAUGGUUGUCGUCUCGGACCACAAAAUGGUCAAAGAGAUCUUUGCCGACUCUGCGUUUUCUGGGAGGAUAGAUUUCAGAAACUUUGAUUUCAUUAUGGACGGCAAACUUCAUGGGAUUAUCAAUACGCAAGGCGACCAUUGGGAAGAACUUCGGCGCUUUACGCUGCGACAAUUGCGCGACUUUGGUUUUGGGAAGGGCACGAUGGAGGAUUCCAUCAUGUUGGAAGUUCGUGACCUUAUCGAGAGUCUUAAAGAGCAUGGCGAAAAACCUGUCGAUAAUAUCAAGCAGAGACUUAUGCUGGCCGUCGUGAACGCCUUGUGGGCCAUUUGCACGGGGAUAAGGCACAAGCAGGAUGACAAGGAAUUGUUGGGCAUGACGGAGAAAGCCAAUAAGACAUUCGAAGGGAUUUUGGAGGGUGGGAGUGUCAUCCUAUUUUUGCCAUGGCUGAUCGACAUCUUCCCAAAGUUGAGUGGGUACGACAAAGUAAAAAAGUCGUUGCUAGAAUUCGCCGAUUACAUGAGAAAACCAAUAAUGGACCACAAGAAGACGAGGCAGGAUGACUUUGAUAGGGAUUUUGUCGACGUAUUUCUAAAAGAGAUUGAUCAAACUAAGAAUCCUAAUUCUGCGUUUAUGGGAAAAUUGGGAGAGGAAAAUCUUGUCUCAAUCCUGGGCGACUUAUAUUUCGCUGGGUCGGACACCACGUCCUCCACGCUUUCUUGGAUGAUGAUCUACCUCAGUAAAUUUCCGAACGUUCAGAAAAAAUUCCAGGAGGAAAUUGAGUCCAUUACUGGAAACACGAGGCCAACUGCAGUGUCAGACAGACCAAACAUGCCGUACACGGAAGCCUUAAUAGCUGAAACUUUGCGCUUCUCGAGCAUUACCCCGCAAGGAGUUCAACACAGAGCAAUGAAGGAUCACGAAUAUAAAGGUUAUCUCAUCCCAAAGGACACCGUUAUCAUGGCGAACGUGUACCACAUCCAUUUUGACCCGAAAGUCUGGGGUGAUCCCGAGAAUUUCAGACCGGAACGAUUUUUGAGCCCGGAUGGAAAAACCUUCAAGAAGCACGACGCCCUGAUUCCAUUUUCGACUGGGAGGAGGCAAUGUUUGGGAGAAACACUGGCGAGAGACAGCCUUUUCCUCUUCUCAACCAACAUCGCACAAAGAUUCGAUAUUGUGUUCGACAAGAAUGGACCGGAUCACGGAUUUGAGUCACAAUUGGCCUUUAUUCUGACGCCAAAACCGUUCAACGUGAUUUAUAAGGAUAGAUUAGCGUAAGUUAGGAAGGAGUUAAGAAACAAAUAUUUUAUUUUAAUGUAACGUGAAUUAGAUGAGAUUGUGUAAUUAUUUCAAUUAAUGACGACUUUUUAAAUAAAUACAAAAAACAUUCCAAUUA